UCAACCCACACACACACACACACACAGUUGACAGUUCACAACGACCUUUCGUCUGGAGGACAAAGACAUUUAGGACUGGAUGUCAGCUUGACAGGUGGGAUUUACUGUCGAUUGUUUGAGGAUGAGGUGUGUGUGGGCCGCACUUUGUGGGAUUGCGCUGCUAAUGCAGGUUGUUAUGACCAAUUCACAGACCACGGGUUCCCCCAUUGUAGACUGUUCUCAAUUUAACUCAUGUGAUUCCUGCAUCAGCGGAGACCCGGCCCUCAACCUGACACGAUGUGUUUGGCAAAGCUGUAAUGACGGAAAUGACACAAGAUGUAUGUCUGACACUGACGACUAUGGAGGCUGCUCUGUCUACAAUGAAACGGGCAUGUGCCAAAAUGGUGGAUCUGCUGAUAGUGGUGGCACAGAUAACACGACUCCAGGCCCUCAGUUCUCCCAGGCAUCCUUCGAUCUGUCCAGCUUCAUUGGGGGAAUCAUCCUGGUGCUGGUGUUGCAAGCUGGAGGAUUUUUUGCAAUGCGCUUCCUCAAAACUAAGGACAGCACCUAUGAAACUAUUGAUCAACCUCAAUGAAAUGCACUGGAGAAACAAUUGUAGCACAGAAUAUAAAAUGAAGCAUAUUUUUGAAGAAAUUAAUGUUGCAUUGGCGAAAAGUCUGUACUUUUUUUCAUUUUGCUGGUCUUAAAGGGAUAGUUCAACCAAAAAAUUUACAUUUAAUAACCAUUUACUCACCUGUAAGUGGUUUAUGUUGAUCAAAAAAGAAGAUAUUUUGAAGAAUGUUGGAAUCCAUUGGCUUCCAUAGUAGGAAAACAAAU